CAGUAUGGAUUAGUGGCCAUUGGUUGGGAUGAGUACGGAGUAGUGGCCAUUGGUUGGGUUCAGUAUGGAGUAGUGGCCAUUGGUUGGGAUGAGUACGGAGUAGUGGCCAUUGGUUGGGAUGAGUACGGAGUAGUGACCAUUGGUUGGGUUCAGUAUGGAGUAGUGGCCAUUGGUUGGGUUCAGUAUGGAGUAGUGGCCAUUGGUUGGGUUCAGUAUGGAGUAGUGGCCAUUGGUUGGGUUCAGUAUGGAGUAGUGGCCAUUGGUUUCAACAGUACAGAUCAUGGUGGAGAUAGCCAAUCCGAUGAGGAGAAUUACAGGACAAGGGAGGGG